UAUCGCCUUGCCAACACCAUAAAGAGCGGCACCGGAGUUCGAGGGUGACAGUCCAAGGCAGUGUGUGGAGGAGAGGGUUUGGCGUUGCGUGUUCUGGCCGCCUGUCACUGCUCGAGGAGGGCCUGGCGCCUCGUCUUCCACCAGGAGCCGCGUGGACACACAGGAAAGGAAGGACUGUAGUGCUCGUCCACACCAGGGAAAGACACGUCAUCUGUCGAGUCAACCCCAGACCACCGUGACCAUAAUAUUGACAAUCUAGGCAAGGAGAGGAAGGGGGACUCUCAUGAAACCGCUCUGCACAGAAAGAAAACACAAUUAACGAGUGCUGAGUCAAUACACAUAGAAGCCCCCAAACACACAACAUGUACAGCAACAACACAUACAGCAGCGUGACGAGUGACUUGGGGCGCCUCCACCUGGGCUCCGGCAGCUCCUCCCCACAGCAAUACUCUCCUGGAGGAGGGAAGAAGGUUGCUCCACUCGUCCCACCCAAGCCUAAGAAGUCUGGAGGGGCUGGUGCUCAUGAGGGGGAUCAAGCGGUGUACGGAAACGUGGGCCACUCGUCCGCCACCUCAUCGGGCGUGGAAGACUACUAUGCCGUAAACGCUCCCGCCCCCGGCACCGUGGGCGUGGCUUCUGCCCGCAUCAACCACGCCUACACGGGCGGCGGCGUACCGGCACCUGCGUCUGCGGGGCAGGAGUUCAGCGGCGUCGUGGUUCCCGGGGCCGUGUACAUCAGCAGCACGGGGCAGGUGCCUGUAGGCGGCGUCAGCCCCAAUCCCAACUACAUCCCUCCGCCGCCACAGCCCGCCCACAGCUACACGCCCACGUCCCGUGUCGCCGUGGCCAUGAGCGCCCAGCCCCUCUACUCCAACACAGCUUCGCAGCCCAUCUACAGCAACUCGCCGCGGGCACAGCAUGCCCGCAGUGACCAGUCGCCGCCCCCACCUCUGCCUUCGCAGCCGCCGCCGCCUGCUGCCCCUACCUACGCCAAUCUGAGCACCAAUGGCGCCGCCUACCCACCCUCUCACGCCCUCUACGCCAACGUGAACCCCGCCACUGGACUCUCCCAGUACGCCACUUUCGGGCCUGACGAGGACUUCCCGCUGCCGCCCCCUGACGAAGCUCGGCCGCCCCCCUCCCCGCCCUCCCCGGUCUCUUCCUCCUACUCGGAGCUACGUCGCGCCGCCCCCUCCUCUAACGCCGCCGCCACCCACGCCCACAAUGGAGCCGCCCACGCCCAUCAGCAGCAACAGCAACAACAACAGCAGCAACAGCAGCCGGGGUCGAACUACGGCACCUACGCCCCUGGCUCCCACACGAGCUCCACAUACGAGUCCAUCUACGAGCCCAUCACUCCAAGACCUUCAAGCCAGAUGUCGAACAAGUCAGGCUACAGCAGCUUGUAUGGGCCAUACACCUCCCCUCAGGCUAGGGGGCUGGCCCCUGCACCCUCAAACCAGCCCCUCAUCAACCCUGAUAAAGUGGGAAAGGAAGCUGAAGUGGAUGCCCUCACUUCUCUCCUUGUCCAGUCCAUGGACAGUACCAAUGACCCAGAGUUCUUUGGUGCGUAUGAUUCGUGUAUCUGCACACGCUGUGGAGAGAAGGUGGUGGGAGAAGGCACAGGCUGCACGGCCAUGGAGCAGGUUUACCACAUCAAGUGUUUUGUGUGUAUUGUUUGUCAUCUCCAACUGCAGGGAAAACCUUUCUAUGCAUUGGACUCCAAACCCUACUGUGAAGAUUGUUAUUUGAACACUUUGGAAAAAUGCUGUGUGUGUACAAAACCCAUCUUGGACCGCAUCCUGCGCGCCACAGGCAAGCCCUACCAUCCUCAGUGCUUCACCUGUGUUGAGUGCCACAAGUCCCUUGAUGGUAUUCCCUUCACAGUUGAUGCUUCAAACCAAAUCCAUUGUAUUGAUGACUUCCACAAAAAAUUUGCCCCUCGGUGCACAGUGUGUAAGGAGCCCAUCAUGCCAGAGCCUGGAAAGGAUGAGACAGUGAGAGUUGUGGCCCUAGAUCGCUCCUUCCAUGUGAACUGCUACAAGUGUGAGGAUUGUGGACUGGUUUUGUCUUCUGAAGCUGAGGGGCGGGGGUGCUAUCCCCUUGAUGGCCAUGUCCUGUGUAAAAGCUGCAAUGCACGCCGAGUGCAAGCCAUCACUUCUAAAGUCACCACUGAUCUUUAAUCACCUUACCUUUUCUAUCCUUAUCACCUUCAACAUAACCCAGUCAUCCAUUACUUUAAAAACAGUCAUAACUAGAGUUUCCAUCAGUUUCCUUCAUCACCUAUUAAUUUAGGAUUGUACUUAUUGUUCUGCGGCUAUCCCCAUCAAUUUCCCUAUGUUUGUAUGUUGGCAUGUGGGUGCAUAACAAAUGAACUGUGUUGUGCACCAUAAACUGAAAUUGGAAUAAUGUAUUUAACUCAGUUUAUAUGGAAAUUAUAUCAGUGCUCUUUCCGUUCAUCACAUUUUUCUUUUUCAUAAUUUAUCUCAUCUUUCCUUAAACAUAUAUGCAAAAGUUCUAAAAGCUAAUGGUUGCAGAGAUUGAGACCUUUUAUAUGUAUUUGUUGCUCACAUUACUCAUUUUCAUUGAAAUUGCCAUAAAUGAUUAAUAUAGUAAAGGUCUUUAAUGCUUAAUUUAAGUAUAUUCUUAUGUUAUAAUAAUUGUGCAGUAUCAGAUUGUCAUAUUUUGCAUGUACAGUUAAUCACUACUGAAGUCCUAUGUGCUGCAUUAAUAGUAAUAGUCAUUCAACACAAUCAUUACAUUAUUAGUAUUUAUGAGCUUCCAAGAUUUGUAAUGUGUGAAAGUCAUAAUUAUACUUGGUGAUAGUUACAAUCAUUCCUUUUCAAAAACUGAUUUCAAGGAGUUAUGAGUUUCAUUUAAUAAGGGAUUUUAAAUCACAUUUUCUUUGAAAGCUGUUAGUCAUGGUUUGCAUGAGCUUCAUGGGAUAGACCUACUAUCCAUGAAACUUAGUUUAAUAAGAAAAAAAUUGCAUUACUUGACAUACAUUCAUAUUGAUGAAUGAGGUGGUGCAAGAGCUUCAUCUUUCUCACUGUACAUAGUAUCCUCUCCCUUCUGUAGCAGUCGUAACUCAGAAAAUCAGUGUUUAAAUAGUAUAAGAAUCAACACAAACUUGUCUGCCAGGAUGGUAGUGAGAGAAAGGUUAACAUCAAAAACUUAAAUUUCUGGAUUGCUGAUACCACUGUUAGUGCAAGAGUUCCAUGUUCCCAUUGGCAAUAAUGAAAUACAUUUUUGAGAGAAAUACAUUUUUGGUGCGAUAUAACUUUUUUUAACAUUAUGAUCAAUACAGUUAUUUUAAAAAUAUUAUUCAGAAAGCCUACUAGCUGUUAAUGACUUUGCUGGACCCACUUUUGACUGAAAGGAUUUCCAGAAUAAUUAGUUAAGUCCCUGAACUAAGGGAAAUGUAAUGUAAUUUGGCACCAGGUGGUAGUUCUGAGUAAAUGAUAGUUUUCCCAUCAUAUGUAUUGUCUUCAGAAUAAUAAAAGUAUCAAGUACAAAGGCAGCCAGUAAUAAAAAUUAUUGCUUACUGUCUUUUCUUGAGUGUUUCAGCUCUAUAGUCUCUGUUGAGUCAUAUACAUCAAGGUUGCAGCUUGUAUGAACAGAGUUAUUGAAGUAUCAUAGAAAACUUAGCUAAAUGUAAACAUUUCACAUCCUGCACAAGUAUACUGUAGUGUUACAGUUUCUUGUCUAUUCCCUAUACUUAUACCUGUAAAGCUAAUUACACCUCACACUACCCAGGUCUCAUGAGGUAAUAUAUAUUACAUAGCAACCAUGAGUGAAAUGCAUUGUCACAGAACCACACAGAUUUUGUAUUGUGUCUCCCUGUAAAUCUGUAGAGUUACAUUUUUGCCUGUAUAUUUGUAGCUAUUUUCCUUACUUUACUGUUGUGAAACUUUGGGUGCAUAAUCUCCUACAGCAUUUGGUUAUGUAUGUCUAGGCUGUUCCUGGUGUUCCCAUCAAAGAAUAUGCAUGGACAGAUACACACAUAUAAAUACACACACACACACACACACACACACACACACACACACACACACACACACACACACACACACACACACACACACACACACACACACACACACACACACACACACACACACACACACACACACACACACACACACACAUGCACAUGCACAUGCACACAUCUGCAUACAUGUGUACACACACACACACACACACACACACACACACACACACACACACACACAAUCUCUGGAGUGAGGCUGGGGUCUAGUCGAGGCUCUGUGAAGCAUUGGUGAACUUUUGAGUGCCAUCAAAGAGCUGCUCUGCAUUCAGGGCCGUAUUCCUCCAUGAGUGUAUACCACCCACAUAAUUUGUAUGACUUUUGUAUUAUGCACAUGAAAACAUACUUGUUAGUACUUGGAGGUUAAUGUUUAUAUUUCCAGGAAUACAUUUAUAAUUGCCAGAAUUUAUAAAGUGCAUGAGACUGAUAUCAAGGAUUAUAUAUAAAUAUAUAUAUGACUAUACACA